CCUUUAAAGUACAACUUGGCGGUGUUGUCACAUCCGAGGGCUGCAGAGAAUAUUAGCGUUAUAGCGAUGGUCUUGUGAGCCUAGAAAGGGUACAUUUGGAAGCUAUAUCCUUAGCUACAAGACUUCAGACACUUCAUCUUUCUAUAAUUUAUUUUUCCUGGUGUAUUUUGGCAAUGCACCGCUUUAUUUCUCUGUACGGCGCUCUGAUCUUCGCAUAUCUAGCGUGCAGACCAUCUUGGGGAUAUUUUCCAGAGGAACGAUGGAGCCCCGAAUCUCCAAUUCUGGCACCGCGGGUUCUUAUCGCCCUCAUAUGCCGGAACGCAGAGCAUUCUCUGCCUUACUUCCUAGGGGGUAUCGAACGUCUUAACUACCCGAAGGACCGUCUAGCUGUAUGGGUUGCAACGGAUCACAACGAAGACAACACCACGUCCAUCCUCCGAGACUGGCUCACCACGGUCCAGAACCUCUACCACUAUGUGGAAUGGAGGCCGAAGGAGCAGCCCAGUGAGUAUCCGGACGGGGACGGUCCGAAGCAGUGGACCAAUCUACGCUAUGCCCAUGUGAUGAAGCUGCGCCAAGCAGCGCUGGACUCUGCCAGGGAGAUGUGGGCCGACUACUUCUUGGCCGUGGAUUGUGACAACCUCCUCAUCAAUCCGGAAGUCCUGUGGAAGCUCAUCGAAGAGGACAAGACCAUCGUUGCGCCAAUGCUGGAAUCGCGCGCCGCCUAUUCCAACUUCUGGUGUGGUAUGACCUCCCAGGGUUAUUAUAAACGCACGCCGGCCUACAUUCCCAUAAGGAAGCAGCAGCGGAGGGGUUGCUUCGCCGUGCCCAUGGUCCACUCCACCUUCCUCAUCGACCUGAGGAAGGAGGCGUCCAGGCAGCUGGCCUUCCACCCGCCGCACCCGGACUACAGCUGGGCCUUCGACGACAUCAUCGUGUUCGCCUUCUCCGCCCGCAUGGCAGAUGUACAAAUGUUUGUAUGUAACCAAGAGACCUUCGGUUACUUCCCGGUUCCGUUACGGGCUCACAAUUCACUGAAGGACGAGGCGGAUAGUUUCUUGCAUGCCUUGCUGGAGGUUAAUGUGCGACACCCCCCAGUGAUGCCCUCGAAAUACAUUCCUCCCCCGACUAAACAGCCAGACAAACUGGGCUUUGACGAGGUGUUCAUGAUAAACUUGAAGAAGAGGACGGACCGCCGAGAACGCAUGCUGAGGACGCUGUACGAGCAGGAAAUCGCAUCAAAGGUCAUCGAGGCCGUGGAUGGAAAAGCCAUGAACAUGAGUGAGAUCAAUGCGAUGGGCAUCCACAUGCUUCCUGGGUACAGUGACCCCUACCACGGCCGUCCAUUGACCAAGGGAGAGCUGGGCUGCUUCCUCUCCCACUACAAGAUCUGGCAAGAGAUCGUUGAUCGAGGUCUGCAGACGUCCCUGGUGAUCGAGGACGACCUCCGCUUCGAGAUCUUCUUCAAACGGCGCCUGAAGAACUUGAUGAUCGAGGUGGACAGGGAAGGACUGCGCUGGGACCUCAUCUACAUCGGACGGAAGCGUAUGCAGGUGGACCGCCCGGAGAAGUCGGUGCCUAAUAUUCAUAACCUGGUGGAGGCGGACUACUCCUAUUGGACGCUGGGCUACAUGAUGUCGCUGGAGGGGGCCAUGAAGCUGCUAAAAGCCGAGCCGCUGAAGAGGAUGCUGCCCGUGGACGAGUUCCUGCCCAUCAUGUUCAACAAACACCCUGUCUCGGAGUACAUGGAGGAGUUUGAGAACCGCGACCUGAGGGCGUUCUCCGCCGAGCCCCUGCUGGUCUUCCCGUCCCACUACACGGGCGACCCGGGCUACAUCAGCGACACGGAGACCUCCACCGUGUGGGACAACGAGAAGGUGCGCACCGACUGGGACCGCGCCCGCUCCGGCAAGACCAAGGAGCAGGCGGCCAUCAGCACAGAGGCCCAGAACUCGGACGUCCUGCAGUCCCCUCUGGACAGCACCGCCAGGGAGGAGCUAUGAGGAGGAGGAGCUAUGAGGAGGAGGAGCUAUGAGGAGGAGGAGCUCUCGAGCAGGGGGCUUCUGUUUGUUAGUUUUAUGGUACUCCGUUUUUAUUGUUUUUAUUUUUUAAUCCUGUUAUCUUCCUUUGUUUUUUACGCCCCCAGCACAUGGAUUGCGGUAUUCGUGUUCCUUGAGUGG